AUGCCAUUAAACCUGGGCGAUCCGUUUCCCAAUUUCACCGUCGACAGUACGAUCGGCACCAUCGAUUUCCACCAGUGGAUAGGUGACGACAGCUGGGCCAUCCUUUUUUCUCAUCCCGCCGACUACACGCCGGUUUGCACGACGGAGCUGGCCGCCGUAGCAAAGCUGGUCCCAGAAUUCAACAAGCGCAACGUGAAACCCAUCGCCCUGUCUUGCGAUUCGGUGGAUUCGCAUCGUGGCUGGAUCGAGGACAUCAAGGCGUACGGGGAGUUAAGCACCACCGGCAAGGAUGUGUUCCCCUUCCCGAUCAUCGACGACUCGAAACGUGAGCUAGCGGUGCAGUUAAACAUGCUCGAUCGGGACGAAAUCGGAGCGGCCGGAUUGCCGCUCACCUGCCGGGCAGUUUUCGUGAUCGAUACCGCCAAAAAGCUGCGCCUCUCGAUCCUCUACCCAGCGACUACGGGACGCAACUUUGCGGAGAUUCUCCGAACGAUCGAUUCCAUGCAGCUAACGGAUAGGCGAAAGAUCGCCACACCGGCGGAUUGGACGCCCGGUAGCGUUUGCAUGGUGCAACCUACGGUACCGGAAGACCAGCUGGACGUCCUGUUCCCGGCCGGUGUCACCAGCGUACCGAUGCCCUCGGGGAAAAAGUACUUACGUAAAACGCAGUGUCCCGAAUGAACGCGAAAUCGUUCGUUACUUAGCUUAUAGGAGUAUGUGCCGUGAUCCAGCAUCGGAUGUGUGUGGUGAAAGUUUGCUUAUACCCGCUCAAAUACAAGCCCUUUUGGAAGGUGAUUUUUAAAACG